AUGUGGGUGUUCUUCAUCAGUGGCCUCGUCGGGGUCGUUGCAAGGCCCGCUGGUAGUGGCUAUAGGGGCGAUGAGAGCUACUCAUCUUGCUACAAUUGCCCAAAAGACGACAAUGUUGGAGUCACUAUCAGCUUAUCAGUUGGACCUGCGGCAGUACCGUCUAACUGCCUCUUGAUACUGUUGGCAAGUUCUAUUACUCAGCCGAUAUUGCCGGUGGUUAUUCUUACCACGUUGGCCUACGAAGUCCCUUACACAGCACGAAACGACCUAAUGGUGGAACCCCCUAGGCCAAGGUUAAAAGAUCUAGUAGGGCCAUUGCAAGGCCUACAAAUAGGAGUGAAUUUGGAAGUGGAAGGUGCUACGACUCGUCCGGGUACGUGGUCGAAUGUACACAAGCCAACGUUGGCGUCAUUAUCGGAAGUUCCUCCUGCUAGUAAUAUGUGGGCUCAUAGGAUGGAAACGGCGGAACAACAGGAAACAAGCGGCAAGGCGAAGAGUGGUGUUGGCAUUACUACCACUGCAACAGGGGAAAACACGGGUAUUCAUCCAGAUACUAGUGUCCCAACGAACCAGGUGGUUCUUCCGUAUCAAGUUAUGUUUGGACAAGGGGACCCGGCGGCAUAUCCCAUCACCGCAAACAUCGUUUCAGUCACACCGCUAGACAAUACCAAUGCAAGACCAGAUGCCGCGAACCAAGGUCCUCAGCUCGUUACCAUAAUGGUUUAUCCUUCUGACGCUCCAACCCCUUCAGGCUUAUAUGAUCCCUACCCAAUCUCUUCCCCUCCAGCAUACACACCAUCUUCCUUUCCAGUUCCUCCAGAAAAGGCACAUUCUAGCCAGUGA